AUGCGGGCAGCCGAAGAGCGCGGAGCUGGAGCUGAAGCUGAUGGCUCCUCGGCGGCUGAGGACGUGCUGGGGGACCGGCCUGUCCAGGGGCAGCACCGGCAGCUGUGGCCGCCGACGCCUCCCGGCCCUCCGCGCGGCUGGCGGCGGGAAGGGCUGCAGCGGGCUCGGGAAGCCGGGCGGGCGGCGUUAAAGGGGAACCCGCCGCCCAGGCGCUCCGCGGCGCGAGAGCUGGCCCGGGCCGCGAGCACGGGCGCGGAGCGUAGAGCAGUUCGGCCGCCGGAGCCCUGCCCCCUCCCCUCCCCCGAGCCUCACUCCGCUCCGCCGCCGGCGCGAGCCCGGCGUAAUUCACACUUUGCAGCAGCGGACCCUGCGCCAACCACGGCCGCCGCCACCGUGACGUCACGACGCCGCGCCGCAUGCCCCGCGCCCCGCGCCGCCGCCGCGCCCAGGAGCCCGCCGGCUGUCCGGACAGGGCUGCUCGCGUCCGCUGCGCUAGGCGCCGCGCCGCGCCGCGCCGCGCCCCGCGCCCCCCCGGCCCCUCCCGCCUCCCCGCAGCUCCCUCCCCGCAACCCGCGGCGCGUGCGCAGGAGAGUUACGUGGGGCAUCCUCGGGCGCACCGACCCGGAGUUUGUUCGGCCUACCGGAUCGGCGCUGUUUCGUCCGACAGAUCCAAAAUGCCCAGAGCACCGGGCGCCCUCUCCGUGCUCCGCCCGUCGGGGCACCGCGCGCGUCCCCUGUGGAAUUCCCGUACUAGGGCGUCGCGGGAGGCCGCUGCGGCGGUGACGCCAGCAGAUCUCGGGGGCUCAGU